GGACCGUAUUUAGAAUAAAGUGGGCGCGCGACCCCAGAGCCUGGACACUAACGUUAUCUCGUUUUGUCCGGAAUGCACCCCUCUGCUUCGCUCUCUCAACCUGCCGCCCGCGCCUGCCUUGCCGUCGUCGCCGUCGACGCUGGCCCUGUCGACGACACACUCGUUCAGUGAGAGGAGGAGGAGUGGUAUCGUUAUCGCCGAGCCACGAGUUUGAAUUAAUAAGGGAACUGCCACCGAACGAAGCUCGCCAUCAUGGCAGAGGUCGACAAGCCGGCCGUCUCGCAGACGGAGAACUUCUCCGGCAAGCCGCGGCGCCGCGGAUGCCUGGGCCACUGCGCCCGGUUCUGGUGGGCGUAUCUGAUUGCCCUCGCCGUCAUCGUCGUCGUGGUGGUGCCCUGCGUCAUCCUCGUCGCCGUCCCCAAGCUGGCGCAGCAGAAAGUCGACGAGGCCCAGUUCGAGGUCGACAGCAUCGUCGUCACCAACACGAAGACGCAGAACUUGACCAUGGCCAUCAACAGCGUCAUCAGGACCGAUGGCUCUGUGCACGCCACCAUCGAUGCCUUCCAGGGCGUCAUGUAUCUGGAGGACAUCCCGUCGCACACCCCGUUCGCUACUCUCGACUUCCCCCAGACGACUGCCGAUGCGUUCCAGACGGUCAACGUCAGCCAGUUCCUCCCCAUCACCGACGUCAAGGCCCUGACUGUCUUCAACACCUGGCUGCUCGCGAACGAGUCGCUCCGUGUGACCGUCUCCGGCGACACCCACGUCCACGUCCGCGGCAUCUCGCGCGCCUACCCCAUCACCUUCAAGAAGACGCUCACCCUCUCGGGCCUGAACGCGCUCAACGGUCUCGUGGUCAACCAGAGCUCCAUCUCGCUGAAGCCCGACGCGCAGGGUGACAAUUUCUUUGCAACCGUCUAUGUCCCCAAUGCCUCGCCUGUGACCUUCGAACUUGGCAACGUGAGCUUCCACAACUACCUCUUCGGCCAGGAUAUCGGCACCGUCUACAUCGACAACGUCAUACUCAAGUCCGGCAUGAACGUCUACCCCCUGCGCGCCAACAUCUCUCAGACCCCCGUGGUCAAUGCCCUCGGGCAGAAGGAUUUCUGCCAGGGCCCCAACCAAGGCAUUCUCCCCUUCGUGCUGUCGGGCAAGUCGGUGGUCAACCACGGCCAGUCGCUGCCCUACUUCGCUGAUGCCCUGGCUGCCGUGAACAAGUCCGUGUCGAUCGACAUCGGCACGCCCAUCAAGAAGUUGCUGGGUCAGAGCAUCCCUUGCAGCAAGAACGACACCAGCAGCUAAAAGGAAAAACCGGACCAAUCUUUUUGUUUCAUUCUUAAUCAUGGGCUAGUUUGUUCAGAUGUCUUAAUAUUCCCGUCCUUUUUUCUUUUUUCCCUUUUUUUUCCUAUGUGCGGGUCAGGAGAUACCAUUUAACUUCGUGAUCGGUGGGAGAUACCAUGCAUGAGCUGGGGUCUAAGCUACGGCGGGAGGCAUACGACGAGGGGAUUGCAGUCGGAGCUGCCUGUGGCGGUUCACGACGGGCCCGUUUUGGGUUGGCAAACGCGGCAGGCGGACAUCCAUGUAGCUCUUACGCCAAGUGCGGGCGGCGGCAUCAGCGGCGGCAGCGCUCCAGUAGCAGCUAGACAGGCCAUCAAAUGUAAUGUGGAACGCUAAUGGAUGAAGGGCGUUCGUCUGUGCGCACGCCGCCCAGUCGCCGCUUUAGCAUGGGAUUGCUGAAACGCCAGUGUGCCUUGGUCUCGUGUUCGAGUCCUUGGGAACCUGGCGGGGGAAUUCCUCGAAACUAGACCCAUUCAUGUCAACUAUCUAGGCAAGACGUGCCGAAAUAGCAUUGUUCCUACCGGG